GUAUUAUUUCACUAAAAAUUUUCGUUUUUUGUUAUACUAUUCCUUUUCCAUUUUAUAUAAGAAUAGAAAUCUAAAAAAUAUUUAAAAAAUCUAUUUAUUUAAUUUUUUACACAUAGAAACAGAAAAUAUGUGUAUUUUCAUACAUUUGACAUAGGUUAGAGGUUAUCUAUUUUUUUAUCUCAUUAUGUAGUCAUUCUUGUUCGAUUUCUUCUGAAUUAAUAUUUAAUAAACAACGGCAGUGUUAUACAAAUCUUCAAUUAUAUAUUAAAAACAUUACAGGAAUUCAAACAAGUUUCCAUUAGUUUCCAUCAUGUCUACAACAGUAUCAAAUGAUGAACGUAUGUUAAAAGGAAUAAGAAGAGUAAUUCCAAAUUUGAAUAAUACCAAAUAUAAAGGUCAAGAUGGUCGAAUUGGUAUAUUUGGUGGUAGUCUUGAAUAUACUGGUGCACCAUAUUAUGCAGCAAUGAGUGCACUCCGUACUGGAUGUGAUUUAGUGCACAUAUUUUGUGUAAAAGAUGCAAGCUUUCCACUGAAAGCAUUUAGCCCAGAACCUAUUGUUCAUCCAGUUUUAGAUCAAUAUGAUGCAAUUAAACAAAUAAGACCAUGGCUUGAUCGUUUACAUAUAAUUAUUAUUGGACCUGGUCUUGGUAGAGAUGAUAAAGUAUUUAAAAUAAUUGUUGAAUUAAUUUCAAUUUGUCGUGAUAUGAAAAAGCCAUUGGUAAUUGAUGCAGAUGGAUUAUUUUUGAUUAGCCAGAAACCUGAUAUAAUAAAAGAAUAUCCAGGUGCUAUCCUUACUCCUAAUGCAAUGGAAUUCAGUCGCCUUGUUAAAGGAGUACUUGAUAAAAAUGUUCAACCUACACCAAUGGUUAAAGCAAAUGAUGUUAAACAUUUAGCUGAUGCACUUGGGAAAAAUGUAAUAAUUUUACAUAAAGGAGCAAAGGAUGUAAUUGCAGAUGGACAUAAAGGUACAGAAGCUGUGUCAUGUGGAUUAGCUGGUUCUGGACGAAGAUGUGGAGGUCAAGGAGAUUUAUUAUGUGGAGCAUUAGCUGUAUUUUGGUGGUGGGCUAUUUGUGCAGGAAAUAACGAAACUGCUUUGUCUCCACCAAUAGCUGCAAGUUAUGCUGCAAGUAGAUUAGUGAGAGAAUGCAAUUCAUCUGCAUAUAAAUUAAAGCAAAGAGGAAUGCUAACAACUGAUAUAUUGGAGCAAAUACAACCUGUUUUUGCCAGAAUUUUUGAGACUCAUUUUAACAAAACAUCUUCAUUCAAUGGGAGAAAUCGAACACGAAGCAUUGAUUCCUGAAUUAUAUUAGUAUUAUAUUACUUAAUUUUUUAAUGCAUAUACAAGUUUGAUAAAAAUUUGGUGAAUUUUUAAAUUAUUAAAUUGUGAAAUAAUAAAAUUAUAUUAAACCUGAAAUGUUAAAAUGAGAAGUUAUAAAUUCAGGAAUUUAAAAAUUACAAUAAAUUUAUUGUAAAUAAUAAAAUAUUUUUAAUGUCACUAAA